AUGAUUGAUGUAUUAGUAAUGAAAGGUCCUAAAAGAGAUCUUUCUAUUGUGAAGGGUCCUAAAGAUAAAUUUUCUAGACGAUUUACUGCUAAUUUAUAUACUAGAGUUUUAUCUAAUGGGGAGAAGUGCGAUAGAGACUGGCUUGUCUAUUCAAAAGAGCUUGAUAAAGUGUUUUGUUUUUCUUGUAAGGUUUUCAAAAGAGGGAUUGGUAGAGGUCAAUUGAUGAACAAGAGUUUUAGUGAUUGGGCACAUAUUGGUGAAAGACUUAGAGAGCACGAGACAGGCACGAAACAUGUUAAUAAUAUGGCUAUUUGGUAUGAGUUACGUUUGAGGCUAAAUAAGAAUGAAACUAUAGAUAAAACACCUCAAAAUCUAAUUGGAAAAGAGAAAGAGCACUGGAAGAAUGUUUUGAAAAGAAUCAUUUCAAUAGUGAAAUUCCUUGCUAAACAUAGGUUGGCCUUUCGGGGUUCUAAAGAGAAAUUGUACCAAAAUAGCAAUGGUACAAUAAAAACUGAAAUCAUUAAAAAAAUCAAACAGGCAAAAUAUUUCUCUGUGAUACUCGAUUGUACACCCGAUGUAAGCCACCAAGAGCAAAUGUCUUUGAUAAUAAGAUAUGUUAAUAUUUCUUCAAAUUCUGUUAGCAUUGAGGAAUCUUUUUUACGAUUUUUAAAUGUGAAUGAUACAACUGGCCAAGGACUUUUUAAUGUUUUACAAAGCGAGCUGAAAAAUCUUGAUCUUAACAUAUUGAAUGCACGAGGACAAGGAUAUGAUAAUGGAUCAAAUAUGAAAUGA